UAGAGGCAUCUCCUGUCUGUAAACUGCACAAGAAAAAGAAAAUGAGUUCUACAGGAGGCGGAGGACGAGGGAAGAGCAAAUCAACCAAAGCAGUUUCGCGCUCACAAAAAGCAGGGUUGCAAUUCCCUGUUGGUCGAAUUGCUCGCUAUCUCAAGGCGGGGAAAUAUGCAGAGCGCGUAGGCGCAGGGGCCCCUGUCUAUAUGGCUGCCGUUUUAGAGUAUCUCGCCGCCGAGGUUCUUGAGUUGGCUGGAAAUGCUGCACGGGACAACAAGAAGAAUAGGAUCGUUCCUAGACACAUCCAGUUGGCUGUUAGAAAUGAUGAAGAGUUGAGUAAGUUACUGGGUUCUGUCACAAUUGCCAAUGGAGGCGUACUGCCCAAUAUUCAUGGCGUUCUAUUGCCGAAAAAGCCUGGGAAAGAUAAGGGAGCAGAAAUUGGUAGUGCCUCUCAGGAGUUCUAGGCUAAGAUAGCUUCAAUUUUCUAUUUUUUUUGGUUUAGGUAGUCAUUAGUGAUUACCUCUCUUCCAGUGCCAUAAUUUAGCAACCUUAAUCAAAUUAUUGAUGUGUUUUGAACCUUUAUGACUAAAACUUGAAGGUGGUAAGUUUGUUGUUUGGCAGUUUGAGUAACAAUUUUAUUAAUGCAUUCAACUAUUGAACCACAUGUCAUAGAUAUUUGGGAAGCCCUUUUGUCUUGAAGUGAAAACAAGAGUAAACGAGGUCUAACUUUUUUUCUUUC